AUGAAAGCUGAGUUUUAGUAGUAGUAUUUAAAGCCUAUAACUCUAAAGCAAUAAGGGGGUUAAUAAAAUAAAUAAUCUAGAUCAAGAGGUAUUUGCCGAAAUGUCGAUAAAGCUGAGUUGAAGAGAAUUAAAACUGAAGAAUCAGAUGUUUAUCCUUCUUCUGACUAGAUCUUGCUUUAAAGGGAAGAAUAUGGAGAUAAAAAUAUAUCUAAGGGAAAGCAGAAAUUUAUGAAAGAUGAAGUAAUAUCUGGAGAUUAGGAUAAGUAACAUAAUCAUAAUAACAAUAAUAUCAAUGAAAAUACUUAAGUUUAAUCUUAGGAAGAUAAUGUUCAAGCUUAAAAAAAAAUAGUUUAGAAUUAGUAAUAACAGCAGUAAAAACAGUAUCAAGAAUUUUGGUAUGAGUAAUCAAAGAAGGGAAAGUAUAUAGAUUAGCUUCCUGUUAUUAACAACUAGAAUUAAGGUCUGCCUUAAGUUGGAAAUUUUAGAUCACCUUAAAAUUCUUCUAAUUUAGGAUAAUACAUGGUAACAAAUAACUAAAAAUUAAGGAAUUUUAGUGCAGCUUCUAAGGAACCUAUAAAAACUCCUCAUAUUAAGCAGCCGCCUACUUCAACGACUAGCAAAAGUAACAAAAAAAAUAACUUUUAAAUAAGAGAUGAUCAAAAUAGCACAACAGUAAAUAAUUAAAAUUAAAUUAGUGGUGAAUGCAAUAAUUCUGAGUUAGUUGAUAUUCGCUCUUAUUCACCAAGUGGUGGUAAUAUAGGUAAGACAAUCUUGAGGAGUUAUACACUUGAAAGAGGGAAUUAACUGAAUGAAGAAUUAAAGGUAGAUAAAAAUAUGCUACCAAUAGAUGAAUAUAGAAGAAAUAGUUCAACGAUUUAAAGAGUUCUAAAUAGAUCUUAAACUAGAACACCCAAUAAAAAUCAUUAACCUAUCUCUCUUUAGCAUUAAAAUUUAAAUUCUGAGCUAAAUAAUAUUUAACCACCUCAAAUAAAAUAAAAUUAAAAUCACUUACAAUAGAUGAGGAACUUAUAAAAUAGUUAAAUUACUCAGCAAUAAUAUAAUAAUGACAUGUAUAAUUUUUACUACAACUAAGACUCUAAAAAUCCUUUAAAUAGCAAAAAAAAUUCACAAAAGAAUAAUAUAUUAAUAAACACAUCACAUUCAGGUUAAGAAUUAGAUUAAAGCUUUCAGUAAUAAGCAUACGAUAAAUAUCUUUUGUCAAAGCCAAGCAGAGUUAAACAAUCUUAUGCUAGUGCGAAUAAGUUAAAUAGAAAUACACCACUUAAAGAAAAUAAUUUGGAUUUAAAUAACGAUGUUUUAAACAAAAGCGAUAACUGUUUGCUAUCUCCUAUAAAAUUUAGUCCAAAAGAGUAAGGAGAAUAGUAGUUAUCAUAUAUGCCAAAUAUAGUGAACAACUAUGAUACCAACAGGUUAGCUCCGGUGCCUUCUACUACUAAAUAGAUAGCAGUUCCUGCUAAUUUUAAAAAAAAUGGAAAAAUAAAACUAAGAAGUAAGGAGAAUUUAGAUCAUGAUUUUAACAACACAAGUAUGAAUGAAGGUAGAAAUAUUAAAACUGAAGGAUCGGUUAUAGACGGUAUGCCUAUGAUAAGCUAAGUACACAAACAACCAUAUAAAUAUUCUUUAAAUUAAUCUUUGAUGCCUAGCUCAUCCUCAAAAAAAUCCAAUAAAUUAAAUGUCAAAGAAACGUUUUUUGUAAAAUAUAAUAAACUCUAAUCUUAAAGAAAUAUAGAUUAACAGAUAGAAACCCUAAAAAAUUUAAGUGAAAUAAAUUAAUAUGAAGUAGAAUUAGAUAAAUCAAAGCUCCAAGAAAGUAAUAAAAGUUAAGAAAUUAAUACAUAAGACACUGAAAAAGAUAAAACUAAACUAGGCUCAUCUCAUUUUAAUUUUUAUGAAAUCGAUCCAACAAUUCAAAGAGAGGAAUCUAUCAAAUUUCCAUCAAACGAAAAUUUGAAAGACUAGGCUCAAGAGCAGCAACAAUAAAGAAUAUAUCAAGAAAAUAUAGAUUAUAAAACCAACUAAGAAUUUAAUAAAUAAAUUUCAUAGACUGAAAAUACUUAAGCUGAUAUUUAGUAAGCAAGUGAUAAAAAAAUAAUGUCUUAAGUUGAAAAUAUUAGUAUAUAAGAAAAUAGUAGUUUACAAACUCCAUAGAAAUAUCAGAGUAUUUUAGAGCUAAAUUCAGAUAAAACACUUAACAGUUCUCUUACAGAAACUCCAAACAGAUCUCGCCAAAUAACUACCUAUUAAUCAGCCAACAUACAAUCUAACUAAGAUCUAAUUCAGGAAAGUAACAACUAGAAUUAAAAUUUAAACUAAAAUAAUGCUUUAGACACCAAAAAACCUUUACUAAAAGUGAAACUAAACUUAGAAACUCUGUUGUUUAUUGAAGAAAAAAUAUUUUUGAUAUUCGAACAAGUAUAAUUCCAUGAUAACAUUUCAUAUGUCCAUACAUGUAAAGAUUACCUAGAACUAAUCACUACAUGUGAGCAAGAGAGAUUAGAGAGAUUAUUUGGAGAUAAAUAAAUGAGAAAAUUGGUGAAGAAAUGCUUAAUACUUGAAAGACUGACAAUAAACUUAAUUAUCUAUUUAACACUUGAUGGUGCUAAAAAAGAUCACUUCAACUACAACGUAGUCAAUUUGAUGGAAACAAUAAGCUAGAACUAUAUUAUCAUCCUAAAUUUAUUGUGUAAUUAAAUAAAAACACAAGGAAUACCCUAAAAUGAAUGGAUAGCUAAGAUGGAAGAAGUAAUAUAAGCUAGAAGACCUUCCAUUCCUCCUUAAAACUCAGUAUUAUUUUUGUAAAACAACUUUGGCAAAGGGGUUUCAUUGAUAGGUCCAGUAAUUGAAAUCUAUCCUGAUUUAAAGAAAUUGGUAAAUGAUAUUUUUAAAGAUUUAGAAAAGAGCUCUACAUAGGUUUUAAUAACAAAUUUACUUGAAUUCUUUGCAAAAAAGAUAAACAAUUAUGAACUUAAUCGAUAGCUAGCUACUUAGGAAGAAUUUGAAGGACCUUUUCUGCCUCCUGCUAAGAAUGAUAACGUUUAUACACUGGUGUUGGAUUUAGACGAAACUCUCAUACAUUUUGUAGAUACACCUGUCGGAGGUCAUUUCUUGAUGAGACCAUUCUUAGAGAUGUUUUUAAAAGAAAUGAGUAAAAUUUAUGAAAUUGUUAUCUUUACAGUUGGAAUGGAGAAUUAUGCAAAUUGGGUAAUUGACUCAUUUGAUAAAAAUAAAUACAUUUCUCAUAGACUUUACAGACAGCAUGCUUUUUCAAAACAGUAUAACUAUAUAAAAGUAAGAAUGAUCUAAUUUUAGUUACUACCUUAACAAACUUAAUUUUUAUUUUUUAAUUUAAUAUAAAAGGACUUGUCAAAAUUAGGUAGAGACUUAUCAAGAUCUUUGAUCGUUGAUAAUGUUGCUGACAAUUUUAGGCUCUAGCCUGCUAAUGGGAUACACAUUAAGUCUUGGUUUUCUGAUUCAAGCGAUACAGCUCUAAAAGAGUUGAUUCCUGUUCUAAAAGAGUUAAUAAAAUAAAAACCUGCUGAUAUUAGACCGACUUUAAAAUAGUUGAAAAAUAAAUAUACUCCUUAAAGAGUCAAAUAUUUUUUUACUUUACCACCAGUUUGA